AUGAGAUUGAAUGCAUUUUUAACCCUACUUACAAUAUGCACUGCCAUGGUGGUAGCAGCGACGACUUCGGCCACCACCACCACCUUGGUGUGGGUCACCGUCACCCAAUCUGGUAAGUUGGCCACUAUCCAAACUGCAUUCAAACAAGAAUUCAAAUCCACAUAUACCAGUGCUGAAACCAGUGAUGUGAAAUCCGGAGAAGUUGGACUUGGAACAUUAUCAGGAAACAUCGGUGAAGUAAGGUCCUAUGAACGUACUACUAUCUCUGCCAACGACGGAAUACUCAACGCUGGCUCUACAUCUGCUCUCAUGGGCAUGGCAGUGUUUCUUGGCAUGAUUUUCUGA